AUGGCUGACGAAACAACUUUCGACUACAUCAUUUGCGGUGGUGGUACGAGUGGUUGCGUGAUAGCUGGUCGCCUAGCCGAAGAUCCAGACGUGAACGUCCUGGUCAUCGAAGCUGGCGACCACAGCGACAAUGUCCCCGCGACGAAGAUGGUUGGAGGCAUUAUGACCAUGUUCGGUGGCGAACACGACUGGUGUUUCCAGGACGAAGGCAGUCCGGGCCUGAAUGGACGGAAGGUCGUGCUGGGAAGGGGAAACGCCCUCCCCGGCCAGAAAGCCCUCGACAUGUCAGUCUUCGCAAUGACGCUCAAAGUACUCGGCGGCAGCAGCGCCAUGAACGGGAGCUACGCCGUGCGUGGACCAAAGCUCGACUAUGACGACUGGGAUCUGCCUGGUUGGAGUGGCGACGAGGUUUACCGAUAUAUGAGCAAGGCGGAAACAUUCGUUGGCGACACGAAGGACAUUGCGGUUGAUAGUCACGGUCAUACAGGCCCGCUACUGACGGCGCGUCAUCCAGACCUCGAAAUCGACAAACGCGUCCUCAAGUCAUUCAUCUCACAGGGCCUUCCCUGGACGGAAGAUCCAUUCACGACUGGAGAAAAUCCGCAUUGUACUGGCCCGGUUAUCUGUACCGUUAGCAACGGGGUCAGAUCGACAUCAGCUGCGUGGCUUACAGAAAAGAACCUUCGCACGAACGUCACUAUCAAAACGAAAGCUGUGGUCGACAAGGUCAAUUUCUCGAAGGAGAAUCCCAAAGAGCCGCGUGCUGUGAGCGUCAGUGUGAUCUUGGCUGAUAAGACGACCGUCGAGUACAAAGCCCGCCACGAGAUCAUAUUGAGUGCGGGAUCAUAUUGCUCACCCCCUAUACUGCUGCGUUCCGGUAUUGGACCGAAAGCGGAACUCGAGAAGCACGGCAUCCCCGUCGUGCUCGACAGUCCAGGCGUAGGAAAGAACCUACAAGAUCACUUACUGGUCUACCAGAACUACGAAGUCUCGGAGCCUGGUCUAACUACCGACCACCAGAUCUGGCACGAGGGAGGCAUGGCCGCUUCUAUGGGUCAAUAUGCCAAGGACCGAACUGGAUUCCUGGCAAACUUCUUUUACAACCCUUUGGCGUACGCCAGGCUGGACUCCCGUCUGGAGGACUCUGAGCUCUGGAGAAAUGCAGAUCGCAAACCAGGCCGUGACCCAAUGGGCUUAGAUCCUGCCCGUCAGCCCAGCGUUGAGCUACUUGGCGUCAAUUGCUUCAUGGCAGGCGGCGUCGAACAAAUGGCGCCGCCAGUCGAUGGUAGCUUUGUGAUGUCAAUGAUAGCCAUGGUCUUCGGUCUGCAGUCGCGAGGCUCCGUCUCCAUCCGAUCGACUGACCCUAACGACAAGCCGUUGAUCGACAACAACUACCUCGCCAAUGAUCUCGACGCCCUGGUGCUUGCAGAAGGCUGUCGGUUCAACAACGAGAUUGUCAUGCAGGGGACCGGAACAAAAGACAUGAUUAAGGGCUCGUGGCCAAGAGAUCGAGAUCAUCAUACCUGGACCGAAAGGGAGCCGUGGAUCAAAUUUGUGAGAGAACGUGCUGUGACAAGCUACCACCCGUGCUCGACUUGCAGUAUGGGGAAGGACGACAACCCAGAUGCUGUGCUGGAUCCUGAGCUACGCGUUCGUGGUGUUAGGGGUCUGAGAGUUGCCGACGUCAGUGUCAUUCCAACCAACGUGCAGGCGCAUACGCAAAUGAUUGCGUAUGGUAUUGGUGAGAAGGCAGCAGAUCUGAUCAGGGCUGCCCGACGUAAGUAG